AUGGGUUCUAAACCUUGUUGUUAUGAAUCUCCAAAAAAUUCAAUUUAAGAAAUCAAGAUAAUAAUUCAUUAGCUUAGCUAGAUUCCUGCUAAUGCUCCAUAAAAACCUAUUCCAUUGUAAAUGAUGAAAUCACUUAAAGAAGAGGAUGAUUUUGGAUUAUUUUUAGUAAUGGAAUAAUAUGAGCGAUUACUUGUUAAACAAAAUAAGAGAAUCAAAUCUUCCUCUGCUUCUUAUUAAAUUUAGACUGAAACGAAAGACUUUACAACUUAAUAUAACUUUAAAAAACAUAAAGGAAUGGUUGAUCUCAAAAAAUCAAGAUCUUUAACUAACACAAAAAUAUCAACAUCAAGUUAAAGAUCUGCAAUAAAAAGUAUACUGAAAAAGAAAUCAGCUCAAAAUUAAAUGUUUUAUAAAUAAUAAAUUUCUGCUCCACAGAGAUCAAUAAAAAGUGUACAUUUUGACCCUGUUUAGAGUCCAAAAAAUACUAUUUAAAGAUAAUCACUAUUUGCCAAAAAGAAAGUUUAUUUAAAGUCCUACUUAUGA